AUGCGCGCUUCAUUCAUUGCUAUUGCUGUGGCCGCAGUUGCCGUCCAGGCCGCUCCCGCAGUCAUCGAGGCUCGCGAUGACGUCGCCGACGCUGCCCCCGCCAGCACCGCAGCCACCAACCCCGUCGUACCCGGCAUACCCGCCGCACUCCCCGCUAUCCCCGCCGCCUGCUCACCCACCCCGGGCAUUGACACCGUGGCCCUCUACGACAAGGUUUUUGCCUUUCAGAAGGCGUACCUGUUUGACAAGAACAACAACGAGACCUUCAAGUACUAUACCACCGACUUCCAGAGCAUUUGGCGCCGCGGAUCCUUUACCAGGGACGAAUUUUGGGCCACAGACAACGUCCAAAACUGGAUGGGUGUGUCGAGCUAUCCCACGGAUUCGUCCUUCAAGGACAACAGGCUGCACGUCGCCUAUGAUUUGGGCGUGAACAGGACCGGUCAUGCCGGUGACGAUUUUGUCUGGAAGGAUGGCUGCAUUAUCUCGCAGCAGCAGACGCCCAGCUAA